GCUGGUGAGCAAGAGUCUGGCCCGAGUUAGCUGGAGCUGUUGCCAUGACAAGCAUUUUCUUAAGAAAGCUCUGCUGUUGAGACCGUCCAAAGCUGGGGGUUGAGGGGGGGAGCACGAACUUCCUGGGGAACCAUCCCUACGAGGAGAGCAAGGCCAGAGACACCCGUCCAGCUCCCCUGCACCCAUUUUCUUCCAGGAACCUGAGAGGUCCUUCCCUUUGGGAGGGCCGGGGGAGGAGACCCAGCCCACUCCCUGGCCGUAGCUGGAAAGGCGAGAGGGCAGAGGCAGCAUCUCUAGCGUGGUUGCCACACUGGGGAGACCGGUGGGUGCUCACCCCCACCCUACCCCGUCCAUGGAAACCCGGAGGGAGAGUCCCGCUUGGAGAAGCCUGGAUCUUUGCUAGAAAGAGAGAGAUCCAGUUGUCAGCGGUAUCCAGGGAGCCCUCCUCUUCCUCCUCCUUCUCCUGCCGCCUCUCUACCAUCGCAGUUGCUGGUUGUUGCUAAGGUGGCCUCCAUGGUAACAUGCACAUCCUGUUUACACCUCUAUCUGGGCAAGUUGGUCUAAGCUAGGAACCUACCUACCCUGGACAAGCACUUCCAUCACUACCUGGGGACAGCAAUCAUCGUGACACGUGGUCUGGCUUCCACUCAGUUCCCCCAUCCUCUUCCUCCUCUCGCUGCCAAGCUUCACACACAAAAAGGGAUCUGGGCUAGAGGCUGCUCCUCCAAAGCCUAUUGCACAGGAUCUAGUCCAUCUAUUUCCUAACUGGGCUCCCAGAGAAGCAAGAAGUAAGAAGAAGUGAGGCAGAAAGGCAGGCGUCCCUGAUCAGUUAAAGGGAAACUCCACAUUUUCUCUGGUCGAGGGGCUUGGUAACAGCAGACAAAAUGACGAACCCAACAGAACAUGCCUUGCCGGCCAACUCGAUGGUCGAGAGCCAUGAAGGGGACUUUGGCUGCACAGUAAUGGACCUGAGGAAGCUCAUGGAGCUGCGUUCCUCUGAUGGAAUCGACCAGAUCAAUGUCCACUAUGGAGGUGUAAUGAAUCUCUGCAGUAGACUGAAAACCGACCCUGUGGAAGGUCUGUCUGGGAACCCUGCAGACCUGGAGAAACGUAAGCAAGUGUUUGGACAGAACUUCAUCCCCCCCAAAAAGCCCAAGACCUUCUUAGAACUAGUGUGGGAAGCCCUUCAAGAUGUCACACUCAUCAUCCUGGAGAUCGCAGCCAUCAUCUCCCUCGUCCUGUCCUUCUAUCGCCCCCCUGGGGAAGAAAAUAAACAGUGUGGUCUACCUGUAAGUAGCCCAGAAGAUGAAGGAGAGGCGGAAGCCGGCUGGAUUGAGGGGGCAGCCAUCCUAUUCUCCGUGAUCAUCGUGGUGCUGGUGACUGCCUUCAACGAUUGGAGCAAGGAGAAGCAAUUCCGGGGGCUGCAGAACCGCAUUGAAAAGGAACAGAAGUUCUCCGUGAUCCGAAAUGGCCACAUCAUCCAGCUGCCCGUGGCUGAGAUCGUGGUGGGUGACAUCGCCCAAAUCAAAUACGGUGACCUGCUGCCUGCAGAUGGGAUCCUGAUCCAGGGGAAUGAUCUCAAGAUUGACGAGAGCUCUCUGACUGGGGAAUCAGACCAUGUCAAGAAGUCCUUGGAAAGAGACCCAAUGCUGCUCUCAGGGACCCAUGUCAUGGAAGGUUCUGGCCGGAUGGUAGUAACUGCCGUGGGUAUCAACUCCCAGACUGGAAUCAUCUUUACCCUUUUGGGAGCCAGUGAGGGAGAAGAGGAGGAGAAGAAGAAAAAAGGUAAAAAACAAGGAGUCCCUGAAAAUCGCAACAAAGCAAAGACUCAGGACGGAGUGGCCCUGGAAAUCCAGCCACUCAACAGCCAGGAGGGGAUCGACAAUGAGGAAAAGGAGAAAAAGGCAGCCAAGCUGCCCAAAAAGGAGAAGUCGGUGCUGCAGGGCAAGCUGACGCGCUUGGCUGUUCAGAUUGGGAAAGCCGGCCUCAUCAUGUCUGCUAUCACGGUUCUCAUCCUGAUCCUGUACUUUGUGAUCGACAACUUCGUGAUACAACGCAAACCAUGGCUAUCGGAGUGCACUCCCAUCUACAUCCAGUACUUCGUCAAAUUCUUCAUCAUCGGCAUCACCGUACUGGUGGUGGCCGUGCCAGAGGGGCUGCCACUGGCCGUCACCAUCUCGCUGGCCUACUCUGUGAAGAAAAUGAUGAAAGACAAUAACUUGGUGCGUCACCUGGAUGCUUGUGAGACCAUGGGCAAUGCCACGGCCAUCUGCUCUGAUAAGACCGGCACGUUGACCAUGAACCGCAUGACUGUCGUACAGGCUUACAUCGGAGACACUCAUUACCAUCAGAUCCCAAGCCCCGACGCCCUCGUGCCCAAGGUCCUGGACAUUAUUGUCAAUGGCAUUUCUAUCAACAGUGCCUAUACCUCCAAGAUUCUGCCUCCGGAGAAGGAGGGAGGCCUCCCGCGGCAGGUGGGCAACAAGACCGAGUGUGCCCUUCUGGGCUUUGUCACUGACCUGAAGCAGGAUUACCACGCCGUGCGCAGCGAGGUGCCCGAGGAGAAGCUCUACAAGGUGUACACCUUCAACUCCGUACGCAAGUCCAUGAGCACGGUCAUCGAGAAGCCCAGCGGGGGUUUCCGCAUGUACAGCAAGGGCGCCUCCGAGAUCAUCUUGCUGAAGGGACCCCGGACAGGGGCAGCUCAGCAGGCCUCACCGCCCCCACCUCCUCCUUACUCUCCACAGGUACCCGAAGCUAUUGCCAAAUGCAAGCGAGCUGGGAUUACUGUCAGAAUGGUGACAGGUGACAACAUCAACACAGCCCGGGCCAUCGCCACCAAAUGUGGUAUUAUGACACCUGGGGAUGACUUCUUGUGCUUAGAAGGCAAAGAAUUCAACCGACUUAUCCGCAACGAGAAGGGAGAGGUAGAGCAAGAGAAACUGGACAAGAUCUGGCCAAAGCUUCGAGUCCUGGCGCGAUCAUCCCCCACGGACAAGCACACAUUGGUAAAAGGCAUCAUCGACAGCACUGUUGGGGAGCAGCGACAGGUGGUGGCUGUCACUGGUGAUGGCACAAAUGAUGGGCCUGCUCUGAAGAAAGCAGACGUUGGUUUUGCCAUGGGUAUUGCAGGCACAGACGUAGCAAAGGAGGCAUCAGAUAUCAUCCUAACAGAUGACAACUUCACCAGCAUUGUGAAGGCAGUGAUGUGGGGGCGAAACGUCUAUGACAGCAUCUCUAAGUUUCUGCAGUUCCAACUCACUGUCAACGUGGUAGCCGUGAUCGUGGCCUUCACUGGAGCCUGUAUCACUCAGGAUUCCCCACUGAAAGCCGUGCAGAUGUUGUGGGUUAACCUAAUCAUGGACACUUUUGCCUCAUUGGCCCUGGCCACGGAGCCUCCUACAGAGUCUCUGUUGAAGCGUCGCCCCUAUGGCCGAAAUAAGCCUCUGAUCUCACGUACUAUGAUGAAGAACAUCUUGGGCCACGCUGUCUAUCAGCUCACCGUCAUCUUCUUCCUCGUCUUUGCCGGUGAGAAAUUCUUUGACAUUGAUAGUGGGAGGAAGGCGCCUCUACACUCGCCCCCCAGCCAGCACUACACCAUUAUUUUCAACACCUUUGUGCUGAUGCAGCUCUUCAACGAGAUCAAUUCCCGCAAGAUCCACGGGGAGAGGAACGUCUUCGCGGGCAUCUUCCGCAACCUCAUCUUCUGCGCCGUGGUCCUGGGCACCUUCAUCAGCCAGAUUCUCAUUGUGGAAUUUGGGGGUAAACCCUUCAGUUGUACGAAGCUCACCCUGUCUCAGUGGUUUUGGUGUCUCUUCAUUGGCAUCGGAGAGCUGCUGUGGGGCCAGAUCAUCUCCACGAUACCUACCCAAUCCCUGAAGUUCCUAAAGGAGGCUGGGCACGGCACCACCAAAGAGGAGAUCACCAAGGACGCAGAGGGGCUGGACGAAAUUGACCAUGCAGAGAUGGAGCUGCGCCGAGGCCAGAUCCUCUGGUUCCGGGGCCUGAACCGUAUCCAGACUCAGAUCAAAGUGGUCAAAGCGUUCCAUAGUUCCCUCCAUGAAAGCAUUCAGAAACCCAAGAACCAAAACUCCAUCCACAACUUCAUGACCCACCCUGAAUUCGCCAUAGAUGAGGAGGUGCCACGAACACCACUCCUGGAUGAGCACGAGGAGGAAAAUCUUGACAGUCCUAAGGCUGGGACUAGGGUGCUCCUGUUGGACGGUGAGGUCACGCCAUACGCCAACAAAAACAACAAUGCGGUGGACUGCAGCCAAGUGCAAAUUGUUGCCUCCCACUCAGAGAGCCCUCUGCACAGCCUGGAGACAUCUGUUUGAACUUCAUUCUCUGACUCCCAUCCCCGCUUUCUCCAUGUCCUUUUUCAUCUAUCCCAUCAGUAAGGUGACGAUGGGACUUUUCACUGUCAUGUCAGCUGCUCCCAAGUAUGUGUGAACUCCCACCUGACCAUGAAGAGGCAAGAGCAGAGACCUACGAGGAUGUCGACUUAAACUUGAGCUGGGGUUUGUAGCAGGACCCAGUCAAACCCCAGGCAGGUAAUGAAUGGUAGGAUCUACUCCUUGGGUGUAUCAGUUGUCAUUUUUAAAGAAAUGAUGACAAUCCUCUUGGCAUCUACCCCAACCCAGACUCUCCUCAGUAUACAUACGUAUGUCACCAUCUCCUGACCUCUGGAUUUUACCCUAUGAGUCUGUGCCAUUUAUAAGCUAAGUCGAGGGUUCCGAGAGACAAAUGUCCCCAAAUGCAAUGUGUUGAGGUAGGAAUGGACUGUAUAGAAUCAGCCUAUAGAGUGAUUGUUUUUAAAAUGACUUCCCCAUUUUCAAAACUUACACCUAAAGCCCUCUAGCUCUUUCUGCCCUUCUAGUCAAACCUCCCUAAGGUUCUUUUGGUCUUUUGUGACCACUGUCUCCCUUAUCUUCACUCUUUCUUGUUCUUUUUUCUUUUUCUUUUUUUUUUAAGUUGUGAUGAUUAAGAAAGUGGAAUGGACAUGGCUGAAUUGAGUCCACUUUGGCCAUUCCCCCUUCUGGCCCCAAUGGAAUCCUUGGCUUAGUCCUAGAGGCAGAUAGGUUCUUUGCUAAUGGGAUCCUCUUGAAGCAAUUGAGAGCUGGUAAGAAUGUAUUUCUGUUGUUGCCAGGUUACCUUCCCCUUCUGAACUGCUAUCUUGUCAGGUGUGUGUCCUUUCUAAGUGCCAGGGAGAUCAGCUUUGACCGUGAAGCUCGCAUGUGUUCGUUAUAUAGUUUUUCCCAUAAGCCUGAGCUUUCUUCUGUUGCUAAAGUGGUGGCAAAAGAAUGGAUUGAGAAUGGCCCUGCCUCCUAACUGGACUGGGAUAUUAAGGACCAGCAGCUGGCAGGUCCACGACAAGACAGACCAUCAAAGUCAACUCUUGUGCCAUCCUCCCUGGGUUGACCACUCCUGCUUUCAAAGCCUUCCGCCACAGCUCUUCUGAGACAGGACCUGCUUGUUGCGGGAGUGCGUACUGAGAAGACUUGGGAGAGGCCGAGGGGCCAUUCUAGCAGGUUCUGAGAAACCAGACACCUUGAGCUUAGGCGCCCAAGUACCAGCUUUGACAUACCCCUCAGCUUUCUCAUUCUGCUCUGUCGCGGCCCCUAACUCGUCUGGUCUCUCAACAGGCCCCAACCUUUCUCACAUAUUCCGCAUUUGAAAAUACCCAUCCCAAGUGGGGUCCAGUGACAUUUUGCUGACUUAAAGGAGCAAAAGACCCACCCUGGAAAGUUCUCCUUCCUCUCUUCCUUUGCUCCCACACGCCCCCCUCGAGGCCCUCUCCAGAACGUGCUCAACUGCUGCACACGAAAGCCCUGUGCCUUCCUUCCCUGAACGCUGCCCAGAGCAUCCCCCGCGCGCCUGCCUCUCAGGAGGUAGGGACCUCACUAGGAGAUUUUUUUAAGUGUUCCUUAAUGGGACAAGGUGGAGCCACGUUUGCAGGAGCUCCAUUUUUAUCCCUGCUGGUGUUGACGUAAGCUCUUCUGUGCAGGGGCUCGUUAACUCACGUCUACCAAUUCCCAUGAAAGAAAUGAAGCCCGUUCCCCCUGUUUCAAGAGUGAUGGCAGUGUGGGGUGGGGCUUGAGGCUCUUACGAACUGCCAGACUUCCACUUGUGAGCGUAAGGUGGCCGGAACCUAUGCUCUCCGCCUUCUCUUCUCUUCGGGAUCCCUCCUCCCUCUCCCCUUCCUCCUGAGCUGUCCGAGGUAGGAAGAGCAAAGACACAAUACCCGCUCCACAUCCCCACUGCUGCGCAACCCGCCAGAUUUGACUUGGGUUUUGUAAAGGUCACAUGCUUCAGCAAUCUUUUCUCUGUCUUAAAUCCUCAUGUGGGAAUAAAACAGCUCACCCAAGGUGUUAGGUGUGCACAUAUAUAUUUAUUAAGUACAUUGGAAGAUUUCGUUCUGUCAAGUCUUUUAUUACCUCAGAUCAGUUUAAAAAACAAGCCAAUAACAAACUUCGGAGGCUAUUGCACCCUUCCUGCUCCCAAAAGACUCGUGGUGCCGGACAGGUUACUCUUGAGGGCUUGUGUCUACUUGUUUAAAGUCAAUGGCUUUUGUGUAUCUUUUAGUUUCCAUGGUAGGAGAGAAAAUAGAGAAUAUUAUGCAAAAAUAUAUAGUUUUCUUUAGCUCAGAAACGGAUAUUUUUGAGUCAGCCAUAUGUAUUUUGUUUAAAGGAUUUGAAAUAAAGUGCUGUCAUGUUACCCUGUGGAAGGAGCAUAUAACCAGCUGUUGGAUGUGACAGGCGACUUAGCGUAUUUGUGACUGGUUAUAAAACCAAUGCAACGUACUUCCUUUCUCCAAACAGCCAUCUUUAUACUUAGGGAAAAAAAAUGUAUUGGGUUCUAGACUUUUUUAAUAUAAAUUUUGUUGAUAUGGAAUUGAGUAAGUUUAAGUGUUUAUGUGCAUAUGUUUUUUAUAUAAGUUUUUUUCUAUUCAGUUUUAGUGAUCCAACUGGCAGUGAGUAAAUAUGGCGUAAGGUAAUAAAGCUUUCCCCCCAUAUGGUGCUUUCGAUCUGAAAAGGGUCUGAUGGGGAGAAGGGGAAAUAAUUCUCCUAGAGAAACCUAGGAAAGUGGGCAGUGGCCUGUGGAUGGGAAGGAAAGCAGCCAGUGAGAAAGGAGUGUGCGUCCCCCAUGGAGAUGGGCGCCAGGCCUUUUAGUAACUAGUGAUCAGGGUCGGGGGCCUUGGCUGGAUGUUGUUUUUUGACGAGUAGCUGGUAGAGUAGUACCCAAGGCGUGAAUAUCUCUCGGGCUGCAAGGAUGCUCUGAUUGGGGCUUUGCAUAUUUUAUGGUUCUUUCACGCAUGUUUUAUGGGUUCUUCACCCUGGGAGUUUUCCAUUAGUGAGUUUUUGUGCAAAGCUCUGAUUUGGGACUUGCCCUCUCCUAGAAAGGUUGUGUGCGAUAUAUGAGAUGGGGGAGAGAGUUCUAAGUGGAAGUCACAAAGGCCAGUUCUAACCCGGGGUGACCGCCUUGGGGCUAGGUCCUUCCCAGAGGUGCCCUCUGCCCUCUGAAAUGAUGACUCCCCCAUCCCUAAAGGUGUCAGAGAGACCACCUCGCAGUCCUUCUGACACUUGUGGGUUCUGUAGGGUCUGGGUUUCUUCUUCCACUUGAGCUUCAGAGGGGAGAGUUCGCACAGUUCUAUCUGAGCGAUUACCUCACUGCCGAAAACCGAAAACCUGGCGGGGGUGGGGGCAAGUCCGCAUGCAACCUCGAAAUGCCUCACCUCCUUUCUCUCCUGCUUUCUUUGCCUCACGAUCGAUCGAAGCAGCCCGUGAUACCAUCACCAAGUGCACACUUCCUCACUCUCCAUAUCUAGGGACCACCUACUGCAGUGGUGGGGACGAGGCACUUGUAAAUGCCUGCUAUUCUGAAGCCAUUCUAGCCUUUUCCUCAGAAUAGACCAGAUGCCCUUCCAUGUAGCUCAGUGCCAUGCUUUGCCUCCCAAGCCCUGCUGUCAGGCCUGCUGUCCCCUUUCCUCUUGAUGAGGAGAGACGGAGGCAAGUGAGCUCCCCGUGACCGAACUGGCCUUUGGUUCGUGUUUGCUCCCCAUCUGUAUAUAGGCCAUCUGUGAACAUGCCAUAUAUUAUAUGUGCCAACAAAUCUAUCUACGCUGUCCUUUUCAAAUCAGCACGCAGAUAGGAAUUUUGAGUUUCUUUCUUUCUUUUUUUUUUUUCAGUAACUAGAAUAACAAGCACUGGUAUUUUUGUAUAAAAAAGAAAAACAAAACAAAAGAUUGACUAUUGUGGUCUGCAUGACAUAAACAAACAUGGUGAUAUCCAAGCAAUGUGUACCCCAGUGUGUGUGGCCAUAAUUUGCAGUCGGCUUAACGGUGCACCCAAUCUGUAUUUGCAUUCUGAUAUUAUUUAAGCUCUUUGUACAAUGGUUUGCAUGUAUUUAUAUGGUUUGUAGGGAAAAAAAAUGCUGUAAACUGGCAAAUCUGAAAUUCAAAUACGUUGUCCACUGAGACGGGAAGAAGAGGAGUUUGAAAAGAUGGGGGAAAAAGGGAUAAUUUUUUUUUUUUUUGGAACCAAUAAAGCUUGUUGCUGAUGAGCAGAAACCAGACUGCCGUGCACUGAGAAUAAAAACCCAUGCCCACUA